AUAUCGCUCCGAGAUAGUGUUUCUUAGGUGUUAAAUUCCGUGGGAUUUUUCGCGGAGAAAGUGUUUAUAAGAUAGCGAUAGAUAACCUUAUAAACUUGUAAAGUGGACGUGCCAGGACCUCGCUUUUUUUUUUUCCUUUCUCGGAAUCAUGACCACUCCGUUUGCACUGUUUUUGACUGUUUGGACCAGACGAUACAAGCUAGGUGCCCCCUGCCACUAACAACUGGCCCGCUUACAGAUAAGUGUACGUCUGCUUCUGAUCACCUGCCGAAUUUAUGAGCAUGAGGUUGUCCUAGAAACGCUUCCCCGGCGAGUGCGUCUGCUCCCCGAGAUUUCCUUCUGAUUGUGUGCACAACUUUUGUAACCUCAAUUUACCGUAUCUCACUGAUUUCAUCUUAAUCAAUGCAAGACUCCGUUCUUUACUAGAAGAAGCAGGAUCUGUGAGUUAUAUACAUAUGUUGUUUGGAGGGAAUGUAAACAAAGCUCAGACAUACAGAUAAAAAUGAGUCGUCGAGCGAGUUUGUUCGCCAAGCAAAAUCCUGAAAAGACUGGACCAAAAGUACGAUUCCCCGAUGAACUGGUGUUUCUGGACAAUAUUAAGGAAAAUGACAUCCCGGCCUUGAGUGGUAUGCUCAGAAGAGCAAGUCUUCAGGUGGAUAUUAGUGGAAUCAACGAUGCAGGUUUGACCCCGCUCCACCAGGCAGUGUUAGACGGGAACUUGAUGGCUGUCCGGCUUCUGAUAGAACAUGGCGCAGACAUCAACAAACAAGAUGCAGACUCAUGGACGCCCCUCCACGCCGCAUGCGCAGAGGGUCACGCCGGUAUCAUAAGGUUGCUUCUACAGCAUGGCGCAGACAAAAAUAUUCUGACAGAGGAUAAGGAACGGCCCAUAGAUUUAAUAGAACCUACAGACUUUGAAGCAGUGAGUGCCAUAUUGUCUCCCUUAGCAAACCAGGACCAGUGUUGUGAUGGAAACAGUGGAGAUGAAUCAGACGAUGAAGAGAAAUGAAAUUCUCGUUAGACAUUUUGACGAACAUUUUUUUUAUUUAUCAUUAUUAGAUAAUCAUCUAUUCAUUCUUAUCAUUAUGUUUGAUCUGAUAUAAUUUUCUAUACAAAAGAUGUUAUAUAUAAAAUCAAAAUACAAUGUAGUUCUUUUUUCGUUUUCAUUAUUUUUUGUCGUGAAUAAAAGAGCAGCUAUUAAAUAUGUAUGUAACAAUAAAAAAAACUUGUUUUUUU